GUACACUGUGACUUACCGUUUGAUUAACAGGAUGAAUACCUUCCAGACUCUCUUUCUCUUGGCUGUAGGGCUCUCUGUUGCCCAGCCCUUGGAUUAUAAAGCACUCAACCAGUUUAGGAGGAUGAUGCUGUGUGUGAUGCCUGAUAGCUGGCCUGUUUUUGACUACGCUGACUACGGCUGUUACUGUGGAAAGGGAGGCUCUGGCACGCCUGUGGAUGAUCUGGACAGGUGCUGUCAAGUACAUGACCAGUGUUACAGCGAUGCUAUGCAGCACACUGAGUGUUGGCCCAUUGUUGACAACCCUUACACCGAGCUCUAUCACUACAGCUGUGAUGAGCAGAAUAAGAAGGUCACCUGUGACAAUGACAACGACGAAUGUGAGAUGUUCAUCUGUGAGUGUGACAGGAAGGCCGUUGAGUGUUUUGCCAGAUCAACUUGGAACCCUGAGCAUGAGCACCUGCCCAGUGACCGCUGCGAAUAAAGACCUCUGCAAACUGUA